GGAGCAUUAAGCGGGAAAUGACCUUCACGUUUCAAACAGAGGACUUAAAACGUGACUCUAGUAAAAAAAUGUCCCAUCAACACUUGUUUCCCUUGGCCAUGGAGGAAGAUGCGAAAACAGCAGACACCAAAAAAGCCAACCGAGCACUUGACCAUGAAAAAGAAAACACUCGCUCCAUCUGUCUCCUUGAGCAAAAACGAAAAGUUAUUUCUUCCAGUAUUGAUGUUCCUCCAGCACGGAAGUCUUUGGAGGAGCUGGACAUGGAUAAGGUGACGGCAGCCAUGGUCCUAACCAGCUUGUCCACCAGCCCGUUGGUUCGGAGCCCUCCCGUGCUGCAGAACGAGGGCCUGAGCGGAUCCUGGAAGGAGGCGGGCGGCGUGCCUUCCAGCAAGAGCAGCAGCGGCUACUGGAGCUGGAGCGCCCCCAGCGACCAGUCCAACCCGUCCACGCCGUCGCCGCCGCUGUCCGCUGACAGCUUCAAGCCCUUCCGCAGCCCCGCGCCCCCCGACGACGGCAUCGACGAAGCGGAGGCCGGCAACCUGCUCUUUGAUGAGCCCAUCCCCAGGAAACGAAAGAACUCCAUGAAGGUGAUGUUCAAAUGCCUCUGGAAGAACUGUGGGAAGGUUCUGAGCACUGCAGUGGGUAUCCAGAAGCACAUCCGGACCAUUCAUCUCGGGCGUGUUGGGGAGUCUGACUACAGUGAUGGAGAAGAAGACUUUUAUUACACUGAGAUCAAGCUCAACACAGACUCCGUGGCAGACGGUCUGAGCAGCCUGGCCCCAGUUUCGCCUUCCCAAUCCCUGGCUUCGCCUCCUACUUUUCCCAUCCCAGAUUCCAGCCGAACAGAAACUCCUUGUGCCAAAACUGAGGCAAAACUGAUGACGCCCUUGAGCCGCUCUGCUCCCACCACCCUCUACCUCGUGCACACUGACCACGCUUACCAGGCCACGCCCCCCGUGACCAUUCCAGGAGCAGCCAAGUUCACCCCCAAUGGCAGCAGCUUCAGCAUUUCUUGGCAGUCUCCUCCAGUUACCUUCACAGGCAUUCCAGUGUCACCAACCCACAGUCACCCGGCGGGCACAGGAGAGCAGAGACCGCACACUCACACCAUCCUGUCCUCCCCACCGAGAGGGACGGUCAGCCUGAGGAAGCCCAGGGGAGAGGGCAGGAAGUGCCGGAAGGUGUAUGGUAUGGAGAACCGUAUGUGGUGCACAGCCUGCCGCUGGAAGAAGGCCUGCCAGCGUUUCAUUGACUGA